AUGACACUGAAAGGAAGCGAACUCGACUAUACAAUCAGCAACUUGUACUUGGUGAAGAGCAUUGAUCUUUCAUCAAAUAAUUUAGAAGGUGGAAUUCCUGAACAAAUAAGCAGCCUCGUUCGAUUGGGAGCCCUAAACUUGUCGAUGAAUCAAUUGAGUGGAAAUAUUUCCACCAAGAUUGGAAACUUGCGUUGGUUGGAAACUCUUGAUCUCUCACACAACCAUCUUUCGGGACAGAUUCCUCAAAGCUUGUCUUCUUUGACAUUUUUGUCACACUUGAACUUGUCUUAUAACAACCUGUCCGGAAGAAUCCCUUCAGGCCCCCAACUCCAAACACAAGAGAAUUCAUCAUAUGUGGGGAAUCCAUCGCUCUGUGGAUUUCCUCUUUCAACCAAGUGCGAGGGGUAUGACACACCUACACAACAAACUUUGCUCGGAGGGGACGGUGAAGAUGAAGAUGACAACGGGAAGCUUGGUUUCUAUAUCAGCAUGGUCCUUGGGUUUGUCAUAAGCUUUUGGGGCGUUUGUGGCACUUUGCUUCUGAAGAAGUCAUGGAGGUAUGCUUAUUUUCAAUUCUUUGACAACAUCAAAGACAAAAUAGCACUGGCAAUUGCAUUGAAAGUCGCUCAUUUUCAAAGAAGGUUUUGA